AUGAAGCUCAAGACCAGGCUGUGGGCCAACCUGAUGUCUGACGUCGACUCGUUCGACCACCAGUUCUUCAAAACGACAAAGCGUGAAGCGGCCGCCCUUGAUCCACAUCAGCGUCUCCUACUCCAAGCAACAUACCACGUCCUGGAGUCUGCUGGUUGGCUCAGCGGCAACACCCCGGAGGUGAACAACGAUUGCAAGGAAGGCCCAGGCCAUAGCACAGCCUGUUUUAUAGGAAUGAACGCACCCGACUGGCCGCUCAACUUGGCCAGUAACCCGGUGUCCCCCUUUACCGGCGGGGGGAUGCUGCGGUCCUUUGUUGCGGGACGGCUGAGCUAUCACUUCCGCGGGACAGGCCCAUCGCACACCAUAGACACGGCCUACUCUUCCCCAAUGGUUGCCGUGCAUCAGGCCUGCAGCUCACUGCAACUAGAGGAGUGCACUCGUGCUGUCGCUGGCGGCACCAACCUCAUCACCAACCUAGCCCUCUGCCGACGGCUAUUUCGUGGUGAGGCCGUUGGUGUGGUUGUGCUCCAGCCUCUCCCCACCGCUCUAGCUGAUAAAGAUGACAUCCACGGUGUGAUCCUCGCGACGGGCAACAACCAGAACAUGAAAGGAACCACCAUCACCAAUCCCGUCUUGGAGAGUCAGGCCGGUCUGUAUUGCCAUGUCCUGAAGCGCGCUGGAUUUGCUAAAGGCAUGUCCUACGUUGAAGCCCAUGGUAUAGGCACUCGUGCCGGGGACCCUGUCGAGAUGGGUGCCAUAAGUCAAAUACUAGGCGAAGGCCGUAGAGCUACUACACUGCAUGUUGACUCUCUGAAGGCUAAUAUCGGGCACUCUGAGGGUACGUCUGGCGUUAUCCCACUGAUCAAGGUCUUGCUCAUGAUGCGGCAUGGAAUGAUCACACCACAAGCUGAUUUUAGGGACUUGAAUCCAGAUAUACAGCCUCUUGAGCUUGACGGGCCCGUAAUCUCAAUGACACAUCAAGACUGGACCGACAGAAGACGAUUAGCCUUGGUCAACAGCUACGGGGCGUCUGGGAAUAAUGCCGUUGCUGUCGUUGCCCCCCCACCAUCUCCAUCGACCUCAACCAGGAUGGUGUCUGGACAGUCAGCAUCAGGAGCACGCCGACAGGCUGCCAUAGCAUCUCCUAAGUUCCCCUUCGUUAUUUCCGCUGCGUCUUACACCAGUCUGACUUCUCAUUUGAAAAGGUUGAAUAGUCAGAUACAAGACGGCGCCAUAACUAGCCCAAUACACGACGUGGCGUUUACACUGGCGACUAAACGAAAUCGUCAACGCCAGCAUUUAUUCUGCACAACAGCGGAAUCUUCACCCCAACCUGUCGUAUUGCUCUUCAGCGGACAGAACGGCAAUACGGUGCCGUCAAUCCCGACUCUAUACAACAGCUCGGAACCUUUCCAGAAACACCUAAAUGAGUGUAAUGAGGCCAUUGAGCUGCUCAAUUUGCCCAGUCUGUUCCCAGCCGUGUUGCAAGGACUCCAAGGUGAAAGUGAUCUUAUUCUCCUCCAUACUGCCAUGUUCGCCAUUCAGUGCUCGAGCGUCUGCGGUCACUCUUUCGGAGAGUGGGCAGCAGCAACAGUCUCAGGAGUCAUGACGCUCAAGGAGGGAAUGAAGGUCGUUACAGGAGACCGAGGCCAAGACCAAGGCCUCAACGUCUUCGUGCCCGUUGGUGGAAAGGACCCAACCGCGUAUCUGGCAGAGGUCAAGGUUGACGUAUUCGGCAGCGAGCAGCAAGAAGCCACACUGGACGAUCUAGGAGCGGAUUCACUUAAUGGUCCCGAGAUAGCAGCCAACCUGUCUAAUCGGUUCAACGCGAGAAUUUCGAUGGACGAUUUCGCCAAGGCUACUGACGUUGCUUCUCUUUGUGCUCUAGUCAGCAUGAUAUCUCAGGAUGGGGACCUCGAGGCUAGUCAUGCUCUCCGACUGAGCGAUCAAGUGAUGCACAGGAUAUGCGAGAUACUCCGUGAUUCGCUCGGUCUGGAAUUAAGUGACAUAAAACCCGACUCGAAGCUCGAGGACCUAGGGAUUGACUCUUUUGUUUCCGUCGAGAUCAUUGGUAACCUAAAGGAAGCGUUCAACACCGAUAUCACGUCAUCAGAGUUUGCUUCAGCGACUGAUUUGGCGUCUGUUUAUCAGCUGGUGACCGGACUGCUGAGCAGUUCUCGGUCGUCAAGCACCUCGCCGGGACUCUCAACACCAGACGCAUCAGCAAAUAACGGCUCCGAGUCAUUUCACAACGCCUUUCUUCAGGUCCGUGGAAGCUUUGACUACCACGCCAACGACACCAAAUUCACUGGUUACUGGGAUCUUGCCUAUCCGCAACAGUUGAGCGUUGUGGCGGUAUUUAUUAUUGAAGCAUUCGAAAAGCUCGUCUGCGCUUUGUGGCGCUAUAAGGAAGAGGAGAAACUCUCUGAUCUAGGUGCAAUACUCCCCAAGUACCAGAGAGAGUUAACUCGACUAUGGGAUAUAUUGGCAGAAGCUGGAGUUGUCGAGAAAAGUUCGCUUGCGUCUGCUUACGACCUGGAUGCUCUGCUUGGAUCGUACCUGGCGGAAUAUCUUACGGGCCAGACUGAUUCUAUUACUACUCUCUUUAGCAGCAAUGCAGGCUGCGCGCUCCUUGAGGACUUUUACGCCAACGGACCCGAUCUCCGGGCCACUACGCAGAUUCUAUGUGACUUGAUAGAAGCAGCAAUACGCAUAAAUGCCAUGACCGGGUCCGAUGGAGAGCUUUUUCGCGUGUUGGAGGCAACUGGGUUACCUUUCACCUAUACCUUCACCGGUGUCUCUGUAUCACUUGUUGCACGGGCCAAGAAGUCACCGCUGUUCCGAAGCGUGCCUGAAAUGGACUUUUACAAGCUAGACAUCGAGGAGGCACCACCUGCGAACCUCCUUGGUUGUUACCAUCUUUUCAUAUCUAGCAACUGCUUGCAUGCCCCACGUGACUUGAAAUCCAGCCUACUGCAUAUCCGCCAGCUCUUGCGCCCUCGCGACGGGUGUCUGGCCUUGGUCGAGCUGACUCAGAAGCAGGCUUGGUACGACCUAGUUUGGAGUUUUUUAGAUGGUUGGUGGCUGUUUGAUGAUGGUGGUACUUACGCUCUUCAGAGUCCAUGGGCUUGGGAGCGCUAUAUGCGUGACGCGGGCUUCUCUCAUGUGGACUGGUCAGAAGGCGUCAGCCGUGAGUCGCGAGGGGUCUGUGUCAUCUGCGGUCUAGUUGCCGAUCUUGAUCAGCCGUGUCCCAUCCAAGCCACAUCAAUGCUCUUACGAAACCCAAUUCUGUUCCUCACCCAUCCUCGGAUUGUAGCCAUAACCUCUUCUUGGUCCCUAUUGGCUGUGGGUCUGGCGCCGUCUUCAACCCUCUCGCCCCUCGGCUGA